UCCUCUCGCGCGAGUUGGUCGUUGCGCAGUGGAAGAUCGCUGUCCGCCAUCACUGCGACUAGCUAACGUUAGCUCCCAGAUUGGACAGCGAGCGAGUGUCAACAACAGAGCAGAAAAUACAGCCAGACCGUGUUCCUAAACGGGACGUCUAGGACAUCCACACCACUUUCCAUCACCUGGAAAAUAAUAUCACUUGCCUUUCAUGUUAACUUAGAAACGAGAGUCGUGCUAACCAAUUAUGUCCAGUCUCAAAGGCGGCACUAAGAGGGAUACCAAGAUGAGGAUACGAGCUUUUCCUAUGACAAUGGAUGAAAAGUACGUAAACAACAUCUGGGACCUUCUCAAGAAUGCCAUCCAGGAGAUUCAGAGGAAGAACAACAGUGGGCUGAGCUUUGAGGAGCUGUACAGGAAUGCCUACACCAUGGUGCUCCACAAGCACGGGGAGAAGCUCUACACAGGCUUGCGAGAGGUCGUCACGGAACACCUCAUCAAUAAAGUACGAGAAGAUGUCCUGAACUCCCUCAACAAUAACUUUCUGCAAACACUGAACCAAGCGUGGAACGACCAUCAGACCGCCAUGGUCAUGAUCAGAGACAUCCUUAUGUAUAUGGACCGGGUAUACGUCCAGCAGAACAACGUAGAGAACGUGUACAACCUGGGCCUCAUCAUCUUCAGAGACCAGGUGGUGCGCUACGGCUGCAUCCGAGACCACCUCCGACAGACCCUUCUGGACAUGAUCGCGCGCGAGAGGAAAGGGGAGGUGGUGGACAGAGGAGCGAUCCGGAAUGCCUGUCAGAUGCUGAUGAUCCUGGGCCUGGAAGGAAGGUCGGUCUACGAGGAGGACUUUGAGGGUCCCUUCUUGGAUAUGUCCGCUGAAUUCUUCCAAAUGGAGAGCCAGAAGUUCCUGGCGGAGAACAGUGCCAGUGUGUACAUCAAGAAGGUGGAGGCGCGCAUCAACGAGGAGAUUGAGCGCGUCAUGCACUGCCUGGACAAGACGACAGAGGAGCCCAUCGUAAAGGUGGUGGAGCGGGAGCUCAUCUCCAAACACAUGAAGACCAUCGUGGAGAUGGAGAACUCCGGCCUGGUUCAUAUGCUGAAGAACGGCAAGACCGAAGACCUGGGUUGCAUGUACAAACUAUUUAGCCGCGUUCCUAACGGCCUGAAGACCAUGUGCGAGUGUAUGAGUUCCUACCUCCGAGAGCAGGGCAAGGCUCUGGUGUCCGAGGAGGGAGAGGGAAAGAACCCAGUGGACUACAUUCAGGGCCUCUUGGACUUAAAGACACGAUUUGACCGCUUCCUUCUGGAGUCUUUCAACAACGACAGACUCUUCAAGCAGACCAUCGCGGGAGACUUUGAGUAUUUCCUCAACCUAAACUCCCGCUCGCCUGAGUACCUGUCGCUCUUCAUUGACGAUAAGCUGAAGAAGGGAGUCAAAGGGCUUACGGAGCAGGAGGUGGAGUCCAUCCUGGACAAGGCCAUGGUGCUGUUCAGGUUCAUGCAGGAGAAGGACGUGUUCGAGAGGUACUACAAGCAGCACCUGGCCCGCCGGCUGCUCACCAACAAGAGCGUCUCGGACGACUCGGAGAAGAACAUGAUCUCAAAGCUCAAGACGGAAUGUGGCUGUCAGUUCACCUCCAAACUGGAAGGGAUGUUCAGAGACAUGAGCAUCUCAAACACCACUAUGGAUGAGUUCAGGCAACACUUGCAGUCCACCGGGGUGUCUCUCGGUGGUGUCGACCUCACAGUCAGAGUCCUCACUACAGGCUACUGGCCCACGCAGUCAGCCACACCCAAGUGCACUAUCCCUCCCUCCCCCAGACACGCCUUCGAGGUCUUCAGAAGGUUUUACCUGGCCAAGCACAGCGGUCGGCAGCUCACACUCCAGCACCACAUGGGUUCAGCGGACCUCAACGCCACCUUCUAUGGAGCUAUCAAGAAGCAGGAGGAUGGGUCUGAAGUAGGCGUGGGCGGGGCCCAGGUGACGGGCUCCAACACACGCAAGCACAUACUUCAGGUGUCCACCUUCCAGAUGACCAUCCUAAUGCUGUUCAACAACAGAGACAAGUCCACCUUUGAGGAGAUCCAGCAGGAGACGGACAUCCCUGAGAGGGAGUUGGUGCGGGCUCUGCAGUCGCUGGCCUGCGGGAAGCCCACCCAGAGGGUGCUCACCAAGGAGCCAAAGUCCAAGGAGAUCGAGAACGGCCACAUGUUUACAGUCAACGAUCAGUUCACCUCCAAACUACACAGAGUUAAAAUACAAACAGUGGCUGCUAAGCAAGGCGAGUCGGACCCCGAGAGGAAAGAGACCCGACAGAAGGUGGACGACGACCGCAAGCACGAGAUCGAGGCAGCCAUUGUUCGCAUCAUGAAAUCCAGGAAGAAGAUGCAGCACAACGUCCUGGUGGCCGAGGUGACCCAGCAGCUGCGAUCCCGCUUCCUCCCCAGCCCCGUGGUCAUCAAGAAGCGUAUAGAAGGACUAAUAGAAAGAGAAUACCUGGCACGGACGCCGGAGGACCGCAAAGUCUACACCUACGUUGCAUAGAAGGAGCCGAGUGGUUCAGAGACUGGAGGUGGAUGGAG